CAGUGCAAGUUGUAUUGAGCGACGGGAGGGAGUCGGUGAUAGGAUAAUGGUCCAGUGAGAGGGAGGGGGAGAGCAGGGCAUUUCACUCCCGGGAUCUGGACAUCAGACUGAGCAGGAUUUUACUUAUUUUCUGUUAGAUUUUUUUUUUGCGGCUGGCACCAUUUUGUCUUCGGGGUUAUGAGGAUGAUCUCGCCUCUGGAUCGGUGCUAUUCCAGCAACUGCUGCUGUUGUCACGUCCGCACAGGAACCAUAAUCCUGGGAGUCUGGUACAUGUUAAUCAAUGGCGUGGUGCUGCUAAUUCUGCUGUCAGCACUUGGUGACCCAGACCGCUACCACCUGGCCCAUGCUGAACUUGGCACCGACUUUGACUUCACAGAUGAUGCCAGUAUAUGCAUUGCGACUGCAAUUUCGCUGCUUAUGAUUACAAUCUGCGGGAUGGCCACUUACGGUGCAUACAAGCAACGCAGCGCAUGGAUCAUCCCAUUCUUCUGUUACCAGAUCUUUGACUUCGCCCUCAACACUCUUGUAGCAAUCAGCGUGGUUGUCUACCCGAACUCUAUCCAGGACUACUUGCGACAACUGCCUGACGACUUGCCAUACAAGGAGGACAUCACGGCGAUGAACCCAACAUGCUUGUUGUUGAUUGUUGUCUUUUUCAUCAGUGUUAUUCUGGCCUUUAAGGCAUAUCUGAUCGGUUGUGUCUGGAACUGCUACAGGUACAUCAAUGGCAGACGUUCAGCUGAUGUUCUAGUCUAUGUGGCCAACGACACUGCGGUUCUUCUGCCACCCUACGAUGAGGCUGUUGUAAUCCCUGAGAAAGGUCCACCCCCUCCUUACAUUUCUGCUUAAAGUCACAAGGAAAACAGAACUGAAGCAAGACCUGAAGCUACCCUUGUACGCACACUGUCAGACUAAACACUAUUUAAUAGGUAUCUUCAUUCCAUUGUGCAUGGUGUUUUGGUUAUUCUGGGAAUGAAGCACUCCAUAAUUAAGAUUUCUUCUUGUUGUGUUUCCUCCGGUUCUUGGUUUCAGACGUAGAUAUCAUUUAUCCAUGCUUUAUCACUUCCAGUAAUGUUUAAAUGAGAAUGCAUCCUAUUAAUUCCUUGGGAUUUUUGUAAGUCAUUUGAAAGAGGAAAUGUUCUACUUAAUGUAGUAUCUUACAAUGAAACUAAAUUGUGAAGUGGAGGAGAGUGGGAA